AGCGUAGCAGGCCAUGAGGUCAGAGUGUCUGUGAGGUCGGCUGCAGUCCAGGAUCAGCCCUGGGGCCCCCAUGCCCAGAGCCUCUGUCUUUCCGCCCAUCUCCCCCACUGUCAACACCUCUUCUGUGCGGUGAGCAGUACGCUCACCCCUCUAGGUGAAGAUGUCGGCACAGGAGAGCUGCCUCAGCCUCAUCAAGUACUUCCUCUUCGUUUUCAACCUCUUCUUCUUCGUGCUGGGCAGCCUGAUCUUCUGCUUCGGCAUCUGGAUCCUCAUCGACAAGACCAGCUUCGUGUCCUUUGUGGGCUUGGCCUUCGUGCCCCUGCAGAUCUGGUCCAAAGUCCUGGCCAUCUCAGGAAUCUUCACCAUGGGCCUCGCCCUCCUGGGUUGUGUGGGGGCCCUCAAGGAGCUCCGCUGCCUCCUGGGCCUGUAUUUCGGGAUGCUGCUGCUCCUGUUCGCCACACAGAUCACCCUGGGAAUCCUCAUCUCCACUCAGCGGGCUCAGCUGGAGCGAAGCGUGCAGGACAUCGUAGAGAAAACCAUCCAAAACUACCGCACCAACGCCGAGGAGACAGCGGCCGAGGAGAGCUGGGACUACGUGCAGUUCCAGCUGCGCUGCUGCGGCUGGCACUCCCCGCAGGACUGGUUCCGGGUCCACAGCCUCAGAGGCAACGGGUCGGAGGCCCACCGCGUGCCCUGCUCCUGCUACAACUUGUCGGCAACCAACGACUCCACAAUCCUGGAUAAUGUGAUCUUACCCCAGCUCAGCAGGCUCGGACCGCUGGCGCGGUCCAGACAUAGCACAGACAUCUGCGCGGUCCCUGCAAAGAGCCACAUCUACCGCGAGGGCUGCGCGCAGAGCCUCCGGAAGUGGCUGCACAACAACCUGAUUUCCAUAGUGGGCAUCUGCCUGGGCGUCGGCCUACUCGAGCUCGGGUUCAUGACGCUCUCGAUAUUCCUGUGCAGAAACCUGGACCACGUCUACAACCGGCUGGCCCGAUACCGCUAGGCCCGCCCUCCUCAAAGUCCUGCUCCACCCCUGUCACGUGGGCUGGGCCCGUCCCAGCUGCCUGUAAAUAUUUGUUUAAUCCCCAGUUGGCCUACAGACUCCCCCCACUCCGGCCUUCACAUUCCCCUGGGGACCCAGGUGGCUGCCUGACCACGCUGCUGUCACCUCUCCCAUGGGACCUGGGGCUUUCAUCCACCAGCUUCCUGCCCCCAUCUGUUGGCCUACCACCUCCCACAAGACUAUUUUUCGCCCAAACCUCGAAUAAAUCCCCUGUGUUUUUGGUAAAA